GGUGGGUUUGCGCCCCGAUCUUGAGUCCUGGACCUACAGAAACGGUACCGUGGACCACCGCACAACAUGGAGGACCAGAACGUAGUGAAGGAAACCCUCGACGAGAAGUACGAGAUAGCAUCUGAUGAGGGGUCGUGGUCGGCCGAGGAGGAGGCACAGGUGAGGAGGCAGCUGGAUUGGAGAUUGCUACCGCUGUUGGUAGUGCUGUAUCUGCUUUGCUUUCUCGAUCGGUGGGUUACGAGGAAUGCACGGAUUCAGGGGAUGCAAAAGGACCUAAAUCUUGUCGGGUUUAGGUUUAAUUGGGCGUUGACCGCGUUCUAUAUUCCCUUUCUUCUUAUUGAGAUUCCGAGCAACAUAUUACUCAAGAGGAUAGGUCCAAAGAUUUACAUCCCCGCAAUCAUAAUAGCCUUCGGCAUUGUGUCAAUGGGGACGGCAUUUGUGAGAAGUUUCCAGGAACUAUGCGUAGCUCGUGCAUUCCUGGGACUCGCAGAGGGGGGAACAAUGCCGGGAAUGGCAUUCUUUAUGAGCUGCUUCUAUAAGCGGGCCGAGCUACUCUUCCGGGUAGGGCUCCUUGCCUCGGCUGGUUCGCUCGCCGGAGCGUUCGGUGGAUUCCUGGCGACAGCUUUGACGCGAAUUCCUGAAUGGGGACCCAAAGGGUCCGAACUGCAUACGUGGAGAAAUAUCUUCUUCUUUGAAGGCAUUAUCACGAUCGCAAUCGGAGUCCUGGGAUACUUCCUCAUGCCCAAGACUCCCCAGAGCUGUACGUUUCUCAGCGAACGACAGCGGUGGAUCGCGGCGGAAAGGAUGAGAAUUGAACAUAGAGAACUCGCCAGUGAGAAAACUGAAUCAUGGCAUGUGAAGAGAGCAAUCUUCAAUAUCAACAAUAUCAUCUGUUGUAUGGGAUUUUUCUUCUGCAACAUUACGGUGCAGAGUUUCUCUCUAUUCCUUCCGACAAUCCUGAGUGCAUUGGGGUGGAGGGCAACAAAGGCUCAACUCCUCACUGUUCCCCCUUACGUCGUAGCAUGUUGCUUCUCACUCGCUAUAGCCCGUCUCUCGGACCUCCAUCGAAAACGCGGUCUCUAUGUUAUACUCUGUACAGCUCUGACGCUGACGGGAUACUCGAUUCUCGUAAGUGUGGAUGAGCCGAAUAUAAAGUACAUGGCAGUUUUUUUUGCCUCGAGUGGCGCAUUCCCGCUUGGUGUGACGUUCUUGAGUUGGGGAUUGAAUAAUGCAGCGGGACCCUCGGUUAGAGCUGUAACAGGAGGGUAUAUUGUGAGCAUUGGUACAUGCGGCGCAAUUGUCGCGACGUGGACAUAUGUCCCUUCCGACGCUCCACGAUAUAUUCGAGGGCAUUCAAUCAACCUUGGUGGUGAGGUUUGCGUGGCCCUGAUAGGUCUAUUAGGUAUCUUAUACGUUCGCCGAGAGAACGCUCUACGAGACAGAGGAGGACGAGAUAGCCGGUUGGUGGGGUUAACGGAGGAGCAAGCGCAGAAGCUGGGCUAUCGGCAUCCUGAAUUCCGAUAUAUCGAAUAACACCAUAGAAGUGUCGGUCCUGAUACUAGGUGGAGGGCAAUCGGGAGGAUUAGCUAUUAUAGGAUACCGGCAUAGGUCAACAGUGACUAGAAUUGCACUUUCUUUUUGUGAUGAUUA